CGGUUCUGUAGUGAUGUCUGAAUCAACCUCGACUGUGAAGCUCCUCUCAAGAGAUGACGUUAUUGAACGUAUCUCCAACAAGCGCGCAGUGGUGAUUUAUGAAAACCUGGUGCUCGACUUGACACAUUGGCUUCCGAAACAUCCAGGUGGAUUGACCGCGGUCUACCAUAUGGUUGGCCGUGAUGCCACCGACGAAAUGAAUGCAUACCAUAGUGCUGAGUCCAUGGCUACGUUCAAGAACUGGAGAAUCGGCCGUAUCGAAGGUGAGUGGGAAAACCUUCUCCCCCCAAUUCAAGGUGGUAUUUAUCAAAAGGACUUCGGGGUGAAAACUCUGGAUGAAGAAUCCAAGGUAGGUCCUAAAUCGACUGGUAUUGGAUACCCUGAAGGGAAGGUUACUCCAGUAGUGCCUCAAAACGUGGCAGUGGUGACUGAAGAAAAUAGAAACACGCUUUUCCCUACAAAUAAUGACGACAACAAGUUCAAUCCAAUUGUCGAUCCUCAACUUCUUAUGAAUGACUACGACAACAAACUUUCUCAACAAGACAUUGAUUCACUUCCUUCAUUGGAUUACAAGUCACAAGCCUAUCUCAGAGAGAAAUAUGUUGAGCUUCAUAACUUGAUCAUCAAGAAUGGUUUCUACCAAUGUAAUUAUUGGGAUUAUGGUCGUGAGCUUGUCAAGAUUAUAUCACUCUUCUUGUACUCCUUUUCCUUAUUAAAGCUCAAUUAUAUAUUCUUGAGUGCCCUCUUUAUGGGUAUGGCUUGGCAUCAAAUGACCUUCAUUGCCCAUGACUCUGGUCAUGUAUCCCUCUCUCAUAAUUAUCAGCUUGAUAACCUUUUCGGUAUGAUCAUUGCUGAUUGGUUUGGUGGUCUCAGUUUGGGAUGGUGGAAGAGAAAUCAUAAUGUACAUCAUCUCAUUACCAAUGAUCCUGUUCAUGAUCCAGAUAUUCAACAUUUACCAUUCUUCGCAGUUAGUGUCAGACUCUUUGGAGAUGUUUACUCCACCUACUAUGAGAAAUAUUUACCCUUUGAUGCCAUUUCCCGUGCAAUGAUCCCAAUUCAAAAUUAUAUGUACUAUCCAAUUCUUUGCUUUGGUCGUUUUAAUUUAUACAGACUUUCGUGGGCUCAUUUGUUGAAUGGUGAUGGUCCUCGUCAUGGGAAGGCAGCCUGGUUCAGAUAUUUUGAAUUGGCAGGGUUAUCCUUCUUUUUCUAUUGGUUCUUCUACUUGGUUGUAUACAGAUCUAUUCAUAAUGGUUGGGAUCGUUUCAUUUAUGUGUUAGUUAGUCAUGUUGCUACUAUGCUUGUUCAUGUACAAAUCACCUUGAGUCACUUUGCCAUGUCCACUUCAGAUUUGGGACUUAGUGAAUCCUUCCCUCUGAGACAAUUACGUACUACCAUGGACGUUGGCUGUCCAGAAUGGCUUGAUUUCUUACAUGGUGGCUUACAAUUCCAAGCCAUCCAUCAUCUCUUCCCCAGAUUGCCUAGACAUAACUUGAGAAGAGUGCAACCGUUCGUAAUUGAUUUCUGUAAACAAGUUGGAUUGAAAUACUCCAUCUAUGGGUUUGGAAAGGGUAAUGAAAUUAUCAUUGGGAAACUUGCAGAGAUUGGGAAACAAUGCACUAUAAUGUUGGAGGCUACUAAGAAGCUCAAGGAUCAUUAAUAGAAUAUGAAAGGUGC